CAGUAUUUGCGUCUCUGAUCUCCAACUUUUUCCUUUUAGUUAAAAUUUCAAACUUUAAAAGCUCCUCCUCCCCAUCUCUCCUGACAACAACUCUAAGGUGUAGCUCCAGAGAGAAGAUGAUGAAUAUUCAUCCUCACUGCUACCCACUGUGGAGUUGCAGCAGUAGCUGACCCGACUUUACCCCACAAUACAGGAACAAAGUUUCUUUCUUUUCCGCCUCUUUUGAUUUUGAGCCAAAAUUAGAUUGAUUCUGUUUUCUGAGUGAGAGAAGAAAGAGAGGCUGCAGCUAAUAAUUCUAAAACUCUUCAGUUAAAGUCUUUAAAAGAAAAUGAGAAUUUCAUUUUAUAUGAGGAAAUAAUGCGGAUUUCACGUUUCACGUUUCUCGAUUGAAUUUUUCAUAUAGAUAACUUACUUUAAACAAUUCUUUUCUUUUUUGUUUUUGUUAUAAAUAUACUGGAUAGAUAGGAUCUGUUAGUUGCUUCAUUGAUUUUUUGUGCUUCACUCUCUGGAUUUUGUGUUUUGAGUGAGAUGGGUAGUAGGGAUAUUGCUGUUCUUCUUCUGGGAUUGGGAGUGUUGUUUUUUAUCAGUAUUGGUAAUGUUGUAAAUGGGUACCCAAUGGAAGAUCUUGUGGUGAAUUUGCCUGGGCAACCAAAGGUUGAUUUCAGACAGUUUGCUGGUUACAUCGAUGUGGAUAUCAAAACUGGGAAGAGUUUGUUUUACUAUUAUGUUGAAGCUCAAGGAGAUGCAGCUAAAAAACCCCUUACUCUCUGGUUGAAUGGAGGCCCAGGAUGCUCCUCAAUGGGAGGAGGUGCAUUUACCGAAUUAGGCCCAUUUUUUCCCAGAGGAGACGGUCGGGCACUAAGGAGAAAUCCAAAAUCAUGGAACAAAGCAUCAAAUCUUCUCUUUGUUGAAUCACCUGCUGGGGUUGGAUGGUCUUAUUCAAAUACUACUUCGGAUUAUACUACUGGGGAUGCUGCCACUGCUAGAGAUAUGCAUCUAUUUCUAAUGGGGUGGUUCGAAAAAUUUCCAGAACUCAAGUCCAGAGACUUGUAUCUUACCGGAGAAAGUUAUGCAGGACAUUACAUACCACAGUUGGCUAAUGCUCUUCUGGACCACAAUAAGUAUUCAAGUGACUUCAAAUUCAAUAUCAAAGGAUUAGCUAUUGGAAAUCCACUUCUCAACCUUGACAAGGAUGUCCCUGCAACGUACGAGUACUUUUGGUCUCAUGGGAUGAUCUCUGAUGAGGUCGGCCUUACAAUCAUGAACGAAUGCAGUUUUGAUGAUUAUACGUUCGAUAGUCCUCACAAUGUGAGCAAAUCAUGCAUUUCUGCUAUUGGCGAAGCAAAUGCAAUUGUUGGUAAUUAUAUUGACAAUUACGACGUCAUACUUGAUGUUUGCUACCCGUCCCUUGUAGAGCAAGAGCUACGCCUGCGAAAAAUGGCUACGAAAAUCAGUGUUGGAGUUGAUGUGUGCAUGAGCUAUGAAAGACGCUACUACUUCAACCUUCCCGAGGUUCAGCAUGCUCUUCAUGCAAAUCGGACUGGUUUGAAUUAUAGCUGGAGUAUGUGUAGUAGUAUACUUAAUUAUAGUGACACUGAUGGCAACAUCGACAUCCUUCCCAUUCUCAAAAGGAUAAUUCAACACCAUAUACCUGUUUGGAUUUUCAGCGGAGAUCAGGAUUCUGUUGUACCAUUAUUGGGUUCCCGAACACUUGUCCGCGAGCUUGCUCAAGAUUUGAACUUCAAGAUCACUCUUCCCUACAGUGCUUGGUUUCACAAAAAAACAGGUUGGAGGAUGGGUAACUGAGUACGGGAACUUAUUGACGUUUGCAACUGUCAGAGGCGCCUCUCAUAUGGUACCUUAUGCACAACCAUCAAGAGCUUUGCAUCUGUUUAGCUCUUUUAUCUCUGGAAGAAGAUUGCCUGUUUCUGAACCAUCUGAUGACUAAAAAGCUUAAACAUAUCGCAACACAAACAUGAUCUUGUUUAUCAGCAUUUUUUUCUAUGAAUAAGCAAACGAGAAAAAAAUUCUCAUUUUUUUUUGUGGAAGGUAAAAUGAGAAAUAGUCAAAUAGUUUCAUGAAAGAACAGAUCCUGCAAUGCAACCUGUUUUAGAUGGGUAAUAGUGUGUUUUGGUAUUAGCAGAUCAAUAAAUAGAUCGUUCCUU